AUGGAAACAGAAAGCAACGCCCUUAUUGAACAACUACGAAUGAAACACGAAAAUCUGUCUAAUCAAAACGCAACCCGGGAGACUUCUCAGGGAGUCCGAGUGAGGCUAAGAGCGUUGCUUGUAGCGCUACUUGGAGUGUCAAUGUCUGCUUGUGCCUUCGCCUCUCAACCUGUGGAAUUAGAACUUGAUGAUGAAGAUGUCGCCCAACGGUUGAAUAACGUCAGCUUUGCUAGACGAAUAACAAAACCUACAAUACGGCUAUUGAUGGGCUACGGAAAAUUGAGUGCAGUUAUAACCGCUUUUACAUCUUUACUUUUGCUAGUUGCUGUUAUGUCAAAGCAGUCUUGGCACCGACGCGGCGCGCGAUGGUUGGCAGCGCCAGCGCUGCUGGUGACAGCAUUGGAGAUAGCGUCAGACGCGAGCGACGCCAUUUUGGCAGCUCUACUCCGGGGGUCAACCGAGCCUUUCAGAGUGGCAGCGCAAACUAUUGCUGCCGCGAUCCUUAUUACUAUUGAGAUAUUAGUUUGGUUUUUCAUAGCGAAAUUUUUCGAAUACAAUCCACCGAUGUCUCUCGAAGAAACUAAGAAGGAUAUAACAAUUGAGCCUUAUCUACAAUGA